UUAUUCCCAGCCAGUAGAUGGAUGAAAACUUAGAGAGGAGACAUGCCCUGCAAAGAGCUGGUGUCCACUCCUAGUCUAGCCUAGUCUAGAAGUUUGGGUGUGCAACUUCUCUGCUAUGCUGAAGACUUCCCAGGCCUAGCUGGUCCAGGCAGCAGGAGACAGUCUUGCUGUCAUUGUACUCUAUUCUCCCCUAGGGAAGGAGGAGGAACACUGAGAUGCUCUCAACUGUGUUCCUCCCGGUGAUGGAGGGCUUCCAGGAGGACGCAAACCUGACUGCACAACCAUGGAAAAGGAGGGGUGGACAGAGUGUGUCAGAGGAACGGGGGGACACUCUGGGUUCUGGAGAUCUGGGAGGCACAGUUGGGCUUGCAUUGUGUUUUACAGUGACUUGGGUUCCACCUCCCAUAAUGGCUGGCAAAGCAGCGUCACAAGACUUGGACUUUUCCUGUAAGGCCAACUGAGUGGCAGAAAGAGGUUUGGACACCAUGAAGAUCCUUUCAUAGUGGCUGACUGACUGCAUUUGCUAAUGGGAUAUAAGGCAGUGCCCUCUGCCCAACUUCAGUGACUUUUACUGGUGGGCCCCAUCAGCAGGCCUCACCAUUCAUCAAUGGCGCCCUUGGCAGGAACUGAGGGACAGUGGCAGCCAUGCCUCCCCCUGCUCCAGCUACUCCUUCCACCUUCUGCUAACCUAGAUGUUGUGGGUACCCUGGCGACCCCUAGAGGACUGAUCGUCUGAGCCAGCUUCCAUCCAAGCACUGAGUUCCUCAAGAUGUGGCUGGAGGGACUGGUGGCCUGGAGUUGGUCUCUGGAUGGCCUGAGGGACUGUAUUGCCACCGGCAUCCAGUCUGUACGGGACUGUGACAGCACAGCCGUUGUCACUGUGGUCUGCCUGCUGGUCAUGUUUGUGUGGUACUGUUACCAUGUGGGCCGAGAACAGCCCCGACCCCAUGUGUCCGUCAACUCCCUCCUGCAGGGAGUGGAUGCCAAUGGGCUACAGAAUGGGUCCAUGUACUGCCAGUCACCUGAGUGCGUGCGCUGCAUGCACCACGAUGGUCUCAACCAGAAGCUUUACCACAACCUGCAGGAAUAUGCCAAGCGGUACUCAUGGUCCGGUAUGGGCCGCAUCCACAAGGGCAUCCGGGAGCAGGGCCGCUACCUCAGCAGCCAGCCCUCCAUCCAGAAGCCCGAGGUCUUCUUCUUACCUGAUCUCCCCACUACGCCCUACUUCUCCCGGGACGCCCAGAAGCACGAUGUGGAGCUGUUGGAGCGGAACUUCCAGGCCAUCCUCUGCGAGUUUGAGACACUCUACAAGGCCUUCUCUAAUUGUAGCCUCCCACAGGGGUGGAAAGUGAACAGUACCCCCAGCGGGGAGUGGUUCACCUUUGACUUUGUCAACCAGGGCGUUUGUGUCCCCAGGAACUGCAGGAAGUGCCCACGGACGUACCGCUUGCUCGGCAGCCUCCGGACCUGUAUUGGAAACAAUGUUUUCGGGAAUGCCUGCAUCUCGGUGCUGAGUCCUGGGACUGUGAUCACGGAGCACUAUGGACCCACCAACAUCCGCAUCCGGUGCCACCUAGGUCUGAAGACUCCCAAUGGCUGUGAGCUGGUGGUGGGGGGCGAGCCCCAGUGCUGGGCGGAAGGUCGCUGCCUGCUCUUCGACGACUCUUUCCUGCAUACUGCAUUCCAUGAAGGUUCCGCUGAGGAUGGCCCACGGGCGGUCUUCAUGGUGGAUCUCUGGCACCCCAACGUGGCAGCUGCCGAACGGCAGGCCCUGGAUUUCAUCUUUGCUCCAGGACGAUGAGGACGUGGCCUGGGCUGGAGCCAGGCUGACUGGGGCCCAGGUGGACUGUGGGACAGCCCAGUCCCUGUCGUGGUCCAUACUGGAAGCGCAUAUGGCCUCCUGUCCCCAUGGGAGCCCUCUUUCCUUUGGUUACUGGGAACUUCUUAGGUUUCUUUCCCCUUCCAGUUAUCUACUGGGACUUCUGGCCUAUUAGUGUGUCCCUUUGGUUAUGACCAGAGACUCUGUACCCCUCAAGUCUGUGACUUUGCUACCUGAUGUCUUCUCUGUGUUCUGGAAUAGAGUAACCAAAUGGC